CGUACGUGGGACUCGGCUGUGAUCAAAAGCAUCCGUCCGCCAGAGCCACGGCGCAUUGCAACCAUCGGUCACUGGAAACACAGGAAGAAAAGAGGGGGAGAGAGAGGGAAGUCCCAGCCCAGCGGCUCCUGUGUGUGAAUCAUUGUGGGAGAUACAAUGCAAACAGCGUUCUCAACCACCUGACUACUCGCUGGAUCAGUCCAUUUGCGAGUAUAAGACUGUGCUGUCAGCAUAAAAACCAAGGCAACAGGGGCAGGCGCAGCAUUGAGGAGAACAACCUCAUCCAAGCAAAAGCUGAGGGUAGCGGAGCUGGAAGUUGGACGCUCGCCUGCUAUUUUUAGCACCAACUGUUGGAAUAUAAAGCACGGAUUUAGAGAGUUAAGUCAGGGCAUGUUGGCUCAGUGAUCAGAAAGACGACGGUGGAGCUUUCUUUUGUAUCGUAAAAAAAGGAAGGAGGGGAAUUUACAAGGGCUGCGUGUUAUAGGGGGAAAUAGGCAGAGGGGAUGACACAAAGACUGGCCCUAGGGGGGCUCACUACAGUCUUGACAUGUUGACCAGCGAGGUGUAGCAAGAGGUGCGGCUUCAACGGCGGUAAGUGACCGGGUUAAAUUGUGACAUGGCAGCAAGUGCAGUACCAAGUGACAAUCUCCCCACGUACAAACUGGUGGUAGUCGGGGAUGGUGGUGUUGGGAAAAGUGCUCUCACCAUCCAGUUCUUCCAAAAGAUUUUUGUGCCGGAUUAUGACCCAACAAUUGAAGAUUCUUACUUGAAACACACAGAAAUUGAUGGUCAAUGGGCAAUUCUAGAUGUGCUGGAUACUGCAGGUCAGGAGGAGUUCAGUGCCAUGAGGGAGCAGUACAUGAGGACAGGGGAUGGGUUUCUCAUAGUUUAUUCAGUGACGGACAAAGCCAGCUUUGAACACGUGGACAGAUUCCACCAGCUCAUCCUUCGGGUCAAAGACAGGGAGUCUUUCCCCAUGAUUCUGGUGGCCAACAAGGUUGACUUGAUGCACUUACGUAAGGUCACAGGUGAACAAGGGAGAGAGAUGGCAGCCAAAUACAAUAUACCUUACAUUGAGACUAGUGCUAAGGAUCCACCUCUGAAUGUUGACAAAGCCUUUCACGAUCUUGUCAGAGUCAUAAGGCAACAAAUUCCAGAGAAGAGUCAGAAAAAGAAGAAGAAAACAAAAUGGCGUGGGGACAGGACAGCUGGGUCAAACAAACUGCAGUGCUCAGUCAUGUGAUCAACCUCUCGCCUUUUUUGAAAGCUGCUAUUGUUCAAGUUAAGAGAACGUUGAAUCCAAUGCUAAGUUAUGUACCCCCUGUACGUGUCACAAGGACAUUGAAGCCUGUGCACAGUAAACUGUAGCAGUGUUAUUUAUAGUGUGACGAAGGCUCUUCUCUCCAUGGAGCAGGUUUGCACGCUUGAUUAGAGACCAAUCUUGUGAAAUGCAAAGGCCUGGUCGAGCACCUCACCGGACUUUGAUCGAACUGAACUUGGUAGCGAAGCCACUUCAAAGAAAAAACUUGUUUUUGUUUCCUUGCCUUUCACUUUCAAGCCAUGCAUCAAACUAAACAGCUGCACCAGACUGAAUUAUCAUACAUCCAUGUCUGUCAGCAACGUGGCACCUUGACUUUUUUAACUGAGACACAGGGCAACGUCAUGAAAACUGAAUAAGAGAAGGACAGACUGGAAUGUGAACGAGAGAAUUAAAUCCAUCUGCAGUUGUCUUCUGGACUUUGCUUCAAACUUGACAUGAAACAAUCUUGCUGGCCACAAAAUGAAAAACUGCAGUUCUUUCUCUUUACACACACGCACGCACGCACGCACGCACGCACACACACACACACACACACACACACACACACUUGAAUGUAUAAAGAAAGGUUUUGUAAGGAGUGUGGCUGCACAAGGGUUCACUGACGAGUGACACCUGGAAAAAGACCCUCAAAGAGAUGUGCUAAAAGUAUUUUUUCUUUUAGUAAUGGUUAAGUUAUCUGCACUUUUGUUAGGGUUUCAAACCUAUUUUAUAUGUGCAUUCUCUGUUAAAACUGCACUGCAAUUAUUUUUUUUAAGUCAGUGUUUGGGUAAAUGACAGCUUUUUUUCUUGUACCAGGCAUGCGAAAAGAGAUUUUUUUAACUGAUCAAAAAAGGAAAUUCUCCCCUUCCCAAGAUAGGAAACAACAGUCAUUGUUCUCAUGUUUUCUGUGGCCACAGAAAUGGGAUCAGCAAACCACUGGCUGGUCUGUGAUGAACUAGGUGAAAAUAAGCUUGAAAAUAAGUGAGGUGGAAAUGGCUGUAAUUGUCAGUGCACGGUGUGAGAGGAGAGAACUUACAAUUGUUUAAAUUCAAUUUUCAGUUCUGGCUUUUCUUUGCAUUGCAAGUAAGAACUUGAUAAUUCUGAACUUCAGUGGAAAGACCUCCUGCUAGAUCAAUGUACAUGAAAAGCUGCAUAGCUGGCUCUCCCUAUACGUAAUGUUUGUAUUGGCCCCUCACACUGAUUAAGACUUCAGCUGCUUUCCUACGGAGCUUACACUCCAAAUAGAUCCAUGGAUUGGUCAUUUUUUUAAGUGAAUUGUUUGCUGAUCCAUUGGAAGUGACUCUGGUGACAACCUAUGGUCUCACCUUGGAUUGUCACAACAUUCAAUGUAACGUGAGCAGGGCUAUAUCAAACUUCUGCCUGUGGCUGGUAUCAUUCCAGAGAUGUCCAGUUAUUGCCCUUGAAGCCAUCAUUGCCUAAUUGUGAAGUCGGGUAAUUGCUAUUGAACUGCUAUAAGCAGCAAUAGAAUUACAAGAAUAUUGUUGCCCCAUCGGGGCUCAGUUAUAAAACAGCCUUGAACCCAAGGUUUCUGCCACUUGAGAGCUGGGAAAGUUUACAUUGCAGUGGACUGACCUUAGGUGUAUUGCUUUUGGCUGAGGAAUGCUUUGUGUGUCUUGCACAGUAGUUGUUAGAUGAUUGACAGUCAUUGGAUGCCCAUUAAGGAACAAACGCUAGUGAGGAAUUAAGUGACAUCCCAAGAGUGUUUCUGGCAAUGAAGCAUCUUUAAGUGUAGUUAUUGUGGUGAUGUAGAUAAAAGCAGCAGUCAGUUUAUGCAUGGCAAGUUCCUUAAACUGAAAUAAAUAUCUUGUCAAUCCAUUGGUUAGUGUUGAUGUGAGGGGAUGAAUGAACACGAGAACUCUUUCUCUUUCUUUAAAUAGUGUAUGGUAUCACUUCUUCUUUUCACUAAAAAGGGCUAUCUUUGUUUAACGUCUGAAUGGUGGCACCUCUGCCCUUCAAUGUACAGGCUAUCAGCAUAGAAUAUGUGUAUAGGCCAGUGGAGCAAAGUGCUAAGCAGUGACCAAUUGACUGAAGAGAGAGUGCAGCCUCUGAGCCAAGGUGGGCCCCUCGCUGAACUUCAGCAUCUGAAACCACAAUUCAAAUCCAGCCUAGACUGAUGAGGAAACUCUCAUCAGCCCAUUGAGGGGGAGAGGGGUUCUGAUUGAAGUGAAACUAAACUGCCUCAAACCACUUCAUAGGUGUCAGCGUAAAAUUGUCCCUAACUAAGUAGCCUUGCUCUGCAUUAUGAUUUGAUGUGGGGUGAUCAAAGCAGCAAAUUACAGAAUACUUUUAUGAUGUCCGAGCAGAGCUCUAAUGUUGGAGCAGUUGGACUUGCUCCCCAAUAACAAAGGUUGGGAACCACAUCCUCUCACAGUCGGUAAGAACCUGUACAGUUGGCACAUUGUGGCCAGAAUAGUUCAAGACUUGUGAAGUUGUUGCUUAUGUGGGUUAAUGUGUUGCCUGUAUCAGAAAAGUUGUUUGCAGAUGUUAUGUAUACAAUCAGGCAUUCCUUGUCUUUUCUAAAGCCCACAUGGUUAUCAGCUGACAUGAACUACUGGCACCAGCCAAUUAAUUGUUGCAAUAUUUCAAGGUAUGUCAGUAAUGGCAUCUUCAGAACACCAACACUUUAAGUGCAAUUUGGCAUAUGCAUUUAUGCAUUAACAUGUUUGCGCAACAGUUUAAAGGGAUAGCAACCACCCUCCGAUGUGUGGUACCAGAGAGGUUAAGGGUUGUAAUUUAUACCUUGACCAUGUGAUUACCAUCCUGAUGGUAUACCAUGCAGAAGGUCACAAUUUUGAUCCUUUGCCCCUACUACCACAAUUGUUUCUGUUGUUUUGGUGAAACGGUGCAUUUAAGGGUUAACUACAGAACCAUGUGAAGGGCAAUCAUUGUACAGUGAAUUCAAAUUUCCAAGUCAACAGCCAACUAAAAAUAUUGACAACUGCUGUACUUAAUGUUAAUUGGAAUCUUGGGUUUCAUGUGUGGUAAUUUGUACAAUGUGACCUUAAUUGCAACAAAAAAAGGAUUUUAAACAAGUUUUAAUAAAAUUCUAGCUGAAGGA